AUGCCCCUCAAGAUCAUCAUCGUUGGCGCAGGUAUCGCCGGCCUGGCAUCGGCAGCCAUGCUCCGAGCAGGUGCCGACGUCACCAUCCUCGAGUCCGGGGACGCGAACCAAGUCGCGGGCGGGCAAGGUCUUGCUUUCGGGCCCAACGCUGUCAAGAUUCUCGAGAAGAUUGGUUACGACCGCCAGCGCGUGCGAGCUGUCGAGAGCAAGGGGCUCAAAGCGUACGACGGCGCGACUGGAGCUCUGGUCAAGACCAUUCCGCUGGACAUGGAAUCGACGUGGGGCGCCGACUGGCUCAUGCAGCUGCGAGCGGAUGCGAGGGAUGAACUGCAUCGCCUUGCGGCCCAGGACGGUCCAGGGACAACGCCAGUGCUUCGUUACAAGACCAAGGUGACAGACGUCGACCCCGACGCUGGAGUUGUCACGCUCGAGAAUGGGGAGACUAUCCAGGGGGAUGUCAUAAUUGGUAAGCCUAUUUUUCCCCCGUCGCAGAGCAGAGUUGACACCUCGAUAGUGGCAGCCGGCAUCCACACCAAGAUCAAGCAAAAGAUUGUGGGUAGCGGUGAUUACGCCGCCACGCCCACCGGCCAGAGCAUCUUCCGGUUCCUGGUGUCUUCGGAGAAUGCCCGAAAGGCCGCUGGGGAUCUCCCUGACUGGUGGAAUCCCGAAAUCGGCGGCUACCUUUCCAUCACGCGACUCGAAGAUGGCACCAACCGGGCAAUCAUCACAUACCCAUGCCGUAACUUUCAAUAUGUGAACUUUAGCUGUGCCUUUCCCAACGAGUACCUUAGUGAACGGGCUACAGAGUCUUGGUUCGCUAACGGCGACAUUGACGAGGUUUUGGACAUAUUCAAGGACUUCCCCACGUCUUAUCGAGAAUUCAUGAAAUACGCCGAGGAAGUCAAAGUGUGGGAGCUCCGUGACCAUGAUCCUCUCUCCAACUAUGUCUCUGGCCGGGCUGUGUUAAUCGGUGACGCGGCGCACGCCAUGGCGCCCUUCCAAGGUCAAGGGGCCGGGCAAGCCAUCGAAGACGCCGAGGGACUGAGGUUGCUCCUCGAGCCAGGCGUAGCACCGUCAGAUGUUCCAAGGAUCCUCCAGCAGUGGGAGACGGUACGGAGGCCCAGGGCGUCGCAGGUGCAGCUCAACACUCGCGCGGCGAGCCAGAAGCUGGACGAGGUGAAUUCCUUCCAAAAUAUGAACUACAACUGGACGUACAAUGGUAUCAAUGAGGAGCUGAAGAGGGCGUAG